AUGUCGGUGUGCGUGCGGGCCGUGGUGCGGGUGCUGGUGCUGCAGGCGGCCUGGGCGCUGGGCGGCGGGCAGGUGCGCUACUCGGUGCCGGAGGAAGCCAAGGGCGGCACGGUGGUGGGGCGGCUGGCGCAGGACCUGGGCCUGGAGGCGGGCGAGGCGGAGGCGCGGCGGCUGCGGCUGGUGUCGCAGGGCCGGCGGGCGAGCGUGGAGGUGAGCGGGGCGAGCGGGGCGCUGGUGGUGAGCUCGCGGCUGGACCGGGAGGAGCUGUGCGGGAAGAGCGCGCCCUGCGCCCUGCGCCUGGAGGUGCUGCUGGAGCGGCCGCUGCGCGUCUUCCACGUGGAGGUGGAGGUCACCGACAUCAACGACAAUGCCCCGCUCUUCCCCGCCGCCACCAAAAACCUCAGCAUCGCGGAAUCGUCGCUGCCGGGAUCCCGCUUUCCGCUGGAGGGCGCGUCGGAUGCGGAUAUCGGAGCCAACGCGCAGCUCUCCUAUACGCUCAGCCCCAGCGAGCACUUCGCUCUGGAUUUGCAGAGGAGUGGUGAAUAUCGAGAGUCGUUAUUCCUGGUGCUGACGAAAGGUCUGGACCGCGAGUCGCUGGCCGAGCACCGUCUGUUGCUGACGGCGAGUGACGGGGGCAGGCCGUCGCUAACGGGCACGGUGGAGCUGGUGGUGUCGGUGCUGGAUGCGAACGACAACGCGCCCCAGUUCAACCAGUCGGUGUAUAAAGUGCAGGUACUGGAGAGCGCAGCUGAGGGGACGUUGGUGGCGCGGGUGAGCGCCACAGACCCGGACGAGGGAAUCAACAGUGAAAUAACGUUCAGUAGAAGCAAUACCUUUCCAUCCGGAGGAUUAAACCUGUUCGAAUUAAACCUGCAGUCGGGGGAGAUCCGUCUCCGCGGACCUUUGGACUUUGAAGAAGUCCGCUUUUACGAAUUACAAAUCGAAGCGAAAGAUAAGGGUACGCCCCCGUUGUCGGGGCACUGCAAGGUGGUGGUGGAGGUGUUGGACGUGAACGACAACGCGCCCGAGGUGUGGGUGACGUCGCUGUCGGUGCCGGUGGCCGAGGACGCGUCGUUGGGGACGGUGGUGGCGCUGCUGAGCGUGUCGGACCGGGACUCGGGGUCGAACGGGCGGGUGCGGUGCGCGGUGUGGCCGCCGUCGCCGUUCGGGCUGGUGGCGACGUUCGCGGGCUCGUACUCGCUGGUGCUGCGGGAGGCGCUGGACCGGGAGCGGGUGUCGGAGUACGAGGUGGAGGUGCGGGCGGAGGACGGCGGGGCGCCGCCGCUGCGCGCCAGCCGCGGGCUGCGGGUGCCGGUGUCGGACGUGAACGACAACGCGCCGGCGUUCGCGCAGGCCGUGUACACGGUGCUGGCGCGGGAGAACAACGCGGCGGGCGCGGAGCUGGCGCGGCUGUGGGCGCGGGACCCGGACGAGGCGGGCAACGGGCGCGUGAGCUACUCGGUGGCGGAGGGCGGCGCGGGCGCGGGGUCGGGGUCGGGGUGGCGUCCGGCGUCGAGCUACGUGUCGGUGGACGCGGAGAGCGGGCGGCUGUGGGCGCUGCAGCCCCUGGACUACGAGGAGCUGCAGGUGCUGCAGUUCGAGGUGCGGGCGGUGGACGCGGGCGAGCCGCCGCUGUGCGGCAACGCCACGGUGCAGCUCUUCGUGGUGGACGAGAACGACAACGCGCCGGCGCUGCUCCCGCCCGCCGGCGGCGGGCCGGGGCCCUGGGCUGCGAGCGAGGCGUCGGCGUCGGCGUCGGCUUCGGCGCCGGGGUCGCUGUGGGCGUGGGCGGCGUGGGGGGCGCCGGCGGGGCAGGUGGUGGCGAAGAUCCGCGCGGUGGACGCGGACUCGGGCUACAACGCGUGGCUGCGCUACGAGCUGUGGGAGCCGCGGGGCAAGGGCCCGUUCCGCGUGGGGCUGUACAGCGGCGAGGUGAGCACGGCGCGGGCGCUGGAGGAGGCGGACGGCCCGCGGCAGCGGCUGCUGAUCGUGGUGCGGGACCACGGGGAGCCGUCGCGCUCGGCCACGGCCACGCUGAGCGUGUCGCUGGUGGAGGGCGCCGAGGCGGCGCUGGCGGCGGCGGGGGCGGUGUCGGCGGGGGCGGGGCUGCGGCCGGCGGCGGGCGCGGAGGACGGCGCGGCGGCGGCGGCGGCGACGAACGUGUGGCUGGUGGUGGCCAUCUGCGCGGUGUCGAGCCUGUUCCUGCUGGCGGUGGUGCUGUACGGGGCGUCGCGCUGGGCGCCGCGGGCGGCCGUGCUGUCGGGGCCCGGUCCGGCGACGCUGGUGUGCGCCAGCGAGGUGGGCAGCUGGUCGUACUCGCAGCGCCAGAGCCGGAGCCUGUGCGUGGCGGACGGCGCGGGCAAGAGCGACCUGAUGGUUUUCAGCCCCAACUGCCCGCCGCCGCCCGGCCCCGCGGCAGAAAACGGUUCUGCCGAGAAGGGACCUUCGCUCUCCCCAUACUCUUCAGGCGCGGUAGAAAAUUUGGUGGACGUGGUGGAGAACGUUCUGCCUCUGGAAGUGUGUUGA